AAGUUCAGUAGAAAAAGAAAGAGAAAAAGAAAGAGGCUAAAAAAUCGAUGUUUAAUUUUAAAUCAUCGACAUCGAAAUUUCCGACGAUCAUCGAUGAUUUCGAUGAUCACAAACAUCACUAGAUGGAGUAAACGAUCAGCUGAAUAUUAGAUUACCUCAUUUUUUUUGUAUUCAUCAUUUUUUUCACUUUAUUUUGUUGGUUAUUUUAUUUGGAUUAAUCUAUUUGUGUAUUUUUUUUCUUUCAUUUGUAAUGAUUUCUUCUGCUACCAAAUAUAAUCACAACUUUCUUUUCAUCAUUUGCAACCAGUUAACAUUUUCUCAUGUUCUCUCUUUUUCUACCCACCUGAUUUAAGAUCUUCUAUCAACAACAACACAUCUCAUAAAUUUCUGUCAUUUGGUCGCUGAUGUUAUUAAACUAAAUUAAGUGAUGUGAUUCGAAGAAAAAUGGACCUGAUAAGUGACUCAAUUUGCGUAAUCAAUUUACAGUUCAAAUCUAUAGUAUUCUAAAGGAUCUUGGAGUUUAAUUAGAAUCUACAGUUAUUCAGUAACCCCUUUUUUUGUAGUGUAUACAAAUAUGAACAUUGUCAGGAAAUCAGGAACCAAGACCAAUGAUAACAUGAGACCUUUAUCUGAGGGCGAAGUUUGUGCCAUGGAAAAUGCCCCGCCCUUAUUAUCAAUUGGUAAUCGGAUUGUAUGGUUAAGUGACAAUGGCCCAGAAUUUGGUUAUAUCAAAUGGCUUGGUAAACUACCCGAUGUAGGCUCAGAUUGGAUGGCUGGAGUUCAUUUUGAUAAUCCUGUUGGUUCUGGGACAGGAAUUUACAAUGAUCAUCAACUUUUCGAGGCUCCUGUUUAUCAUGCAUCUCUAGUGCCAGUGAUUGGGUUACUCAGAGCAGAAGAUUUUCUUGGUGGUGGUCCAUCAUCAUCAUCAGCCGAUAAUCAUCACCUUGUGUCCACUUCAAAAUCCUUACCUUCUUCAUCUAUGGCUGGAAUUAGUGACCUUCCCCUCAAACCAAGACGAAAUAAACGGAAACCAGGAAUUGAUGAUAAACCAGAUUGUAUUCUAACUAAUGAUCUGAACACUUCCGGUGAUGCUAUUGAUUCAAGUGGAACAUCACCUCGAACCACUGAAUCGAGUAAAUCUUAUACUGAUCAACACAUUACCUUAUCAUCGUCAACUGCCACUGGCUCAGCAACAACAUCAACCUACUCACCACCUCCACCUCCAUCAGUUCGGAGUCACAAUUCAUAUGUUAACCAUUUAAAUCAUGUGAACUUAUUCAACUCAAAGUCUGAUUCUAAUUCAGAUUCUAGAAUAGGUAAUGGGAAUAUGAACCAUGAAGAUGAACUGGACAUUGGUUCACUGGUUGAAGUGACCAUUGAUGAUAUCCCUCGUUAUGGUGUAAUCAAAUGGAUUGGUUCAAUGAACAAUUUAACUGAUGACGUUAAUCAUCAACAUCAAUUGAUUGCUGGAAUUGAAUUAGAAGAGGAAUGUGCCUGUGGAACCGAUGGAACCUGGAACAAUAAACGUUACUUUGAUUGUGGACCUAAACGAGGCUAUUUUAUCCGAUUGGCACAUUGUCGACGUGAUUCCCGUUUCUUUUCACCUUCAUCACCAUCACAAAUACCUAAUCAACCCUCACAUCAAUCACAUUUCACAACAUCCUCAUCGUCAUCUAUUGCUGUGAAUAACACUAAUAACUAUUCAAAUUUAUCUUCGUCAUCAUCAUCAACUUCACCUUCAUCAUCAAAUAAUACAAAUCAUCAUACUAAUAAUAAUAUUGAUCUUCUUAAGGUUAACUGUAAUAGUAGUAAUAGUAACAUGAACACCGAUCGUUAUGGCAAAAGAUUGGAUUCAUCUCGAAUUACCUGUGAUAUACCUCCUCUAUCUACUCAUGAUGACCUUAAAUAUCUUUGUGGUAAAGCUCGUGGAAUUCAAGGUCACCAUAAUUCAUGUUACCUUGAUGCAACUUUGUUCGCGAUGUUUUCAUGUACAACAAUAUUUGAAUCUCUUCUCAAUCGACCUCAAUCAUCAUCGGAUAUCGCUGAAUACUCGGAGGUACAAAAGGUUUUAAAAGAGGAGAUUGUUAACCCACUUCGAGCCAAUCUUUAUGUCUCAGCUGAUCGAGUGAUGCAUUUACGAACUCUUCUUGAAAAGUUGACCUCUGUCCGUGGACUUACCUCAGAGGAAAAAGAUCCGGAAGAAUUUUUAAAUCUUCUACUAAAUCAAAUACUUAAAGCUGAUCCUUAUUUAAAAUUAUCUUCAGGCCUAGAAUCUUAUUUUUAUCAAUUAUUUGUCGAUAAGGAUGAGAAACUUAUUCUACCCACGGUUCAACAAUUAUUUGAUCAAUCGUUUCUGGCCUCUGAUUUUAAAUUGCGAGAGAUUCCACCUUGUCUUCUCAUUCAAAUGCCUCGAUUUGGUAGACAAUUUAAAAUGUACCCACGAAUAAUACCAAGUCUUUAUUUGGACAUAACCGAUGUACUAGAAAAUUCACCUCGACAAUGUUCAAUUUGCGGACAAUUGGCUGAAUACGAGUGUAAAGAAUGCUUUGGACAGUUCGGUGAAGGGUUAGAUUCGAUUGCAUUUUGUCAAAAGUGUUUGGACAAAAGUCAUGCCCACAAGAAGCGCGUUAAACACAAGAUAACCAAAUUAACUAUACCCACAGAAUUCAGUAUUCUUAAAGAUCACACUCAAGUCCAACGGAUUUACAUGGAGCUAUUUGCCGUUCUGUGUAUCGAGACAAGUCAUUAUGUCGCCUUCGUCAAAUGUGGAUCAGGUCCUGAUGCCCCUUGGUGCUUUUUCGAUAGCAUGGCUGAUAGAAAUGGUGAACAAGAUGGUUAUAAUAUACCGGAAGUGACUCCAUUUCAAAAUUUACGUUGGUGGCUAUCUGAUGAAGGAACUGCGUUGCUAUUAACCACCAAGGACGAUAAAUUGUUACCAGAAAUGACUCGUCGAUUGCUUUGUGAUGCUUAUAUGUGCAUGUACCAAAGUCCAGAUUUAAUGAUGUACAGAUGAUUAAGAAAUCUGAUUAUCAUGGAACAAGAAACUCCAAAAGGAACUGAUAAAAAUCUCAUGAUUACUCACUCAUUUUUUUCUUUUCAAUUCACAAUCAACAAGUUGGAAUCUAAUCAAAUAUCAUUGGAGAUUUUGAUUAACUGGAUCUAAUUUUUUUUCUCUCUCCUUUAUAAUAAUUAGAUGAUUAAGACUUGAUGAAUCUCUCUAAUAUCUCUUGGCCCUUUGAUCAUUUAAUUAAUUGUUCAACAGGUGGUUUUCCAUUGAUUAAACUGUAAAAGGAAAACCUUAAUUAUCAAUCAAACAAUUUAAAGGCUCUGUUUUCAGGUCUUAGAUAAUUUAAUUAAUCGUCUUAACCUCCGUCUCUCUUUAACUAAUUACCUUCUAAUAGAUUAUAUUAAUUGUAUCUAAAUAUUUUUCCUCUUUUUCAUUGUUGAUUCUGUUUCUUUUUUUUUCGUUCUAUUUUUAUGUUCAAUUAAUUGUUAUUUCAAAUUUCCUUCUAAUUUAGUCCCAAACAAUCAAUUCUUUAAUUUUAUUCCCGUUGUGGACAAUUGAGAUUAUCAUUUUUUUUUUGUUUUCUUACCCAUAACAAGUGAAAGUGAGAAACAUUUAAUUAUUAUAAUUAUACAAAAAUUAUUAUCAAUUCAAAUCAUCAAAUUAACUAAUAUAAUGAUUAAAACAAUAAAAUUAAUUAUUUUUUUUGCAAAAUUACAAAACUGUCACCAAUCAAUAAGGUUUAAUGUACUCGAUGGAUUAAUUAGAUAACAAUCAACCAAUCAAGAUAAUUCAACAAUCAGCCUAAUUAUCAGAAAAUGAGGAAAACAAGAAAAUCAUCCGACACUUUAAUUGUUGAUUAGUUAAUUGUUAUCAUAGAAUCAGAUGUUUUUCCUUUGUUUUUAUCUGCAAUCAUAAAUCACCAUUGAUAAGAAAAAUAUGAUUUCCUUUAUUCCAAGGUAAUUGUUUCAUUUUAUUUACCUUAAUCAAACUUGAUUGAACAGUUAAUUCAUUUUCCAUGAGAAUUAAAAUUAAUUUGAUUUAAUUUUCUUUUUCCAUUGAAACAAAUUCGCAUCGAAAUUUUCCCGCUUCUUCUUGUCGUUUGUUUUUUCUUUGCUCUUUGUUUACCUUUCAAUCUGUUUAUCAAUUUCUAAUUUUGUUCAUCUCUUUUAAUUGUUGUUCCAAUUUUCUAUUGUUAAUUGUUAAUUAGUAAAUUUCUUUGUUCGGGUGAUCCUCAAGUCGAUUAGAAUCUCAAGUGAUCAUAAGUAAUGAAGAUGUGAAACCAUAAUUUGGAUUAUUUUAUUAUUUUCUUUUUCGAUGUAAACAAAAAAAUGUCUCUUUCCAAGAAAGGGAACAUUGUUCAUCUAUUGAAUUUCUAAUCAUCUUUUUUCUAAUGAAACGUUUAAUCGUUGCUCUGAUUGUGAUGAAGUUAAUUAUUCUAUCAAUUGUUAUUCUAUCUUCUCAUCUACUGUCCAGUGUUUCUUCAACCUGUCAAUAUCCAUUUGAAGGAUUUGGAGUCUACCUUGGAAGAUUGGAAGCUUUUAAUGAAACAUCAGCUGAUGUCCGAGAAAAUAUUCUGUCUCUAAUUACCGAUGAUUUAAUGAUUCGCAAUUUUCGAACAGAAUAUUUACCUCAAUUCUCCGCCGAAGAGGACACAUAUUCCAUUGACUGUGUAGAUAUUAAAACCUGUUCAUGGAUCACCAUGCAUUCCGAACUUUCCAAAUUAACAAACAUCUCGCUGAUUGUAUCGAUCUGGUCUCCACCUUAUUACAUGAAAACCUUUUGGCGUCAACUGAAAACCGAGUACGAGCAAUCAUAUUAUUAUUAUAUAACCAAUAUAACUUCACUAAUCAAAGAGCAAUACAAUUUAACAGUUGAAAGAAUCUCAAUCGCCAAUGAACCCGAAAACAUGGUUGCCCUUUGGGAUGAAUGUACAAUGCCCGCUGAGCAGUUAUGCCGAUUAAUACAAACCUUUGAUGAUCCGGUCAUCUCAUUGUGCCCAGAAAAUGCUUGGUUUUCAAUAUCGAAAAUUUAUCUUAAUUAUUCUUAUCAUGGUGUUGAUUGUCGACAUGCUUGUCGAACCGUAGUGACCCAUGGAUACACUCCAAGUCUUAAUCCAAUCUAUUGGGGAUCAGUUUAUUAUGAUACGAAAAAUUAUCCACAAGAUUUAGAAUCGCCCAUUUGGAUAACCGAAAUUUCAUCCACUCGGAUUCUUGCACAAUUUCAUCAAAUGACCGAAGCCAUUGACAUGUCCAUAUCGAUAAUUAACUUUGUCGGUAGAACUUGUGUCCAGCGAUAUUAUUACUGGUUGGCUUACACUUCCUCUCCUUCCGGUGAAUCGCUUAUCUGGGGCUCAGGGAAAAAGACCUCGAUCAUAUUACCGAAAAAGUAUUUCGCUUAUCGACAAUUUACCACCGCCAGUGUUCAAGAUUCCACCUCUGAUCGAUCAGAUUGUUCAACGUCAAGUUAUUAUUGUUUACGAUUAAAUCAUAAAACAAUUUUCGUUAAUCAGGGUUACAAUAAGGAGCAAAUUAAUGAUCUUUGUGACCUUUGUUGUACCACCGAUGAUUUUGAUUACCUUUGUACCGCUUCAAAUGUGUUGCCACCACGAUCCGUUUGCAGUUGUUAAUUACACUCGCUCAUCUCAAUUAACGUAACAAGUUAAAUUAUCUUUUAUUUUAUCACCACGGUAACCAGAUUCAUAUCACAUAGUAUAAUAACAUUUCUUGUAUAUAAGUUGAUACAAUUAAACCAAUUGUAAACCUAAUUAAUAA